AUGAUGAGUAUAUGUCAGAAGAGCAUAUUGGACAAGAGAGUCAUGGGCAAAAUACUGAGGUAUCUGAACUUCAUUGAAGUGCUAGAGGAGAUCAGAUCGAUAGUGAUGGUGAUAUUGAGGUUAAUUUACACGAUGAGAUUCCUGUACCCUUAUCGCAUGGAAAAAUGGAUACUUCGAACCAUUGGAGAGAGAUGGAGGGAGCACAAGUCUAAUCUGAGAUCAAUAUAUUUUGAUGAGCAUAAGAGCACAAAAGCUAACCAUAGUAAUGUUCCUAACGGUAUAAUUGCUGACCAGUGGAUUGCGCUUGUUGAUAAUUGGACGACUCAAAAAGCACUGAGAGAAAAAGAUCCUGAAAAGAAAUACCCUCACAGGGCUGUUUUGUAUAUCCAUACACACCAGACUAGAAGUGAGAAGAACACAAAUGCACAUGUGGGGGAUUUGAAGGAACUUAUAGUGCAGCAGCCAGGUUUAGCGGAGACCAGUCAAGGAAAGGUUGCAUGGAAAGGAGAUGCACUUAGUAAAAUAUUAGGAGAAGAAAAGCCUGGCCAUGUGCAUGGCUUGGGACUUGUUCCAAAUCCUAAUCAAGUGUUUGACGUAUCCACUUCAAAGCGCCUUAAGAAUGUAAAUUUGACUUCACUAGAUGCAACAUCAAGUGAAGAUGUAGUAUCUUUGAGACUUCAACUAGAGAAGCAUGGCCAGCAUGUCCGGAAUCAAGAUUCCACUAUACUACAGCUGCAACAGAAGACAAGAACCUUGGAACAUAAACAAAUCCAACAGGGAUGUUUAGAUGAUCCUGUCUAUGCACCUAAAGAUGGCUAUUGUGCUUAUGUGCCAAAUCUAAACGAAAAUUCACUGCAGAAUGGGCAAGCUGACAAUGUGGAGGAUGAUGAUCUGCAGCCACAUUACAAAUACCUUAGUCUUGUAGAGAAGAGGCAAAAUGUUAUGAAGCAGAGAAAAAUAGAUAUUGUUAGCUCAAAGAAACAGGUUGUCGCAAAGGAAACAUCUGCUACUCCCUCAAAUUUUGAAGCAUCUGACUACCAAAACAAGAUCUCAACAACGCCUAGUGCAACAGUACCUGCUAGUGUAUAA